GAGAAAUCCCAUAACGUGAGGGGUACUGCAGGGCAGAGCACACCGGAGGGACUCGCUAGUUGCCUUGCAGCUGUCGGUUUACCAUCUACGCCCACCUUUAUUUAUACCCAUGCAUCACGUCGCGUUUGACAGCGACCCGUAGUUUUGUUGCACCGCGUCUUUAAUUCACCAAGUGUUGCGACUCGCGAUGUCGGAGGAGGACUGGGUGGUAACAACAACAACAGGGCGCGCUGCUGUCCCGUUAGCAUCGCAACGACCUCCGGUCCAUGUUGUUUAGCUCGAGUACGCCCGUUCACGCCUCCCGCCCAGUCCAGUCCAGCCCAGACACGCGCCGAGGCCCGCCGUGAUGGCCGAGGAGGACCCCCAGCAGCAGCCGGACCGCGGGGCGAGGAGUCUGCCCGGCCUGCUCACCGGGCUGCAGGGCGCUGAGGCCAGUGCUCUGCAGCUGAGGAUCAAGAACUCCAUCUGCAAAUCUGUUCAAUCAAAAGUGGAAAACAUUCUGCAAGAUGUGGAGAAAUUCUCAGACAUUGAAAAACUCUACCUCUACCUUAAGUUGCCUUCUGGUCCAACCAGCAACAUUGAUAAAAGUGACCAGAGCGCCCUGUCAUCAAGCCGCACUCAGCAGAUGCAUGCGUUUAAUUGGAUCCGCCAUCAUUUGGAGGAAUACCCAGAGACAUCUCUUCCCAAACAGGAGGUCUAUGAUGAAUACAAGAGCUUCUGUGACAAUCUAAACUACCAUCCACUGAGUGCUGCAGAUUUUGGAAAAAUGAUGAAAAAUGUCUUCCCGAACAUGAAGGCGCGUCGACUUGGCAUGAGAGGAAAAUCAAAAUAUUGCUACAGUGGACUGAGGAAGAGGCCCUUUGUUCACAUGCCAUUGUUACCCUCUCUGGACCUCCAUAAAACAGGAGAUGGGCUCCAGUGUGAUGUUUUAGAGUCACCGGGCCAGCUGAGCAGCAUAAAGGAGGAUGUGCGAUUUGCAGCCUGUGACCUGGUGUGCGAGUGGGCCCAAAAGGUGCUGAAACGCCAGUUUGAUGCCGUGGAAGACUUGGCUCGCUUCCUAAUCGACAGCCAUUACAUCAGCAACAAGUCUCUGGCAGCUCUCACCAUUGUUACCGGCACAGCAACAGAGGUUAAGCCUCCACAGACGGUGUCAGCGUUUGUCCCCACUGCUGAGGCUCACUCCUUCCAGCCUCAUGGGACGACUCUGUCCUCACCCUCUGUUGAUGCAAAGCAGCAGCUCCAGAGGAAGAUUCAGAGGAAACAACAAGAACAGAAGCUGUACUCCCCUCCUGGAGAGGGACAACUCAAGAGGGCAGAUGACAGUGUGCCUUGUGCCAGCCCAACCCCUCCGUCACCUCAGCCAACUAUAGGCAUCGUGGUGGCUGCUGUCCCGAGCCCCAUCACGGUACAAAGAAGCAGGCAGCUGUUGUCCCCCAGCCCAAUGGGAACAGUAGAGGGCAAAAUGCUGCCUAUUAACUUCCAAAUGGUGACCCAGCCGGUCCAGGCAGUGAAACAGAGCCCCAAAACCCCACAAAGUAUUGUAGCAAGUCCAGUGGGAGAACGCACGGCUCGGCAGCGCUAUGCGCAAAUCCUGCCCAAACCUACGGCCACGACUGCUAUCACUUUGCGCUCUCCCUCCACCAUGAUCAUCGGGAACAGCCCUGUUAAGACUGUGAUGACCACAUGUCAUGUCAGCCCAGUCAGUUUGGUAAAGAUGACAGCCAUAUCACUCUCACCCAACAGCAGCAAUACUACCACUUCCCUCGCAAACGCCACUCUACGGCCGGCAUCUGCAGGCAUUAGUAGUACUUUGUUUGCAGAAGACAUCAGUUACAAUCAAAGCAUGAGGAGUACUUCUGCAUUCCCCAUCCUGGCCCCGGUGGCCCGGUUUGGGCAGACUACUAACACUCAUACCAUCGAUGUUGAAAUGGAAGUUGAAGCUAUACAUAAAUACAGCCAAAUGCAAAAUCCUGGUGCUUUAGCUUUCCCUCAAGAGGCAAUGGCAAAUAGGGCUGGAGGGGCUUUCCAGAGGGCUGCCAGUGUUCCCAUACCUCAGUCUAAAGGCUUCUUGAGUUUGGAGGACACAUCCAGCACCAAUUGCAAUGGAAAUUUCUCUUCAAGCUCUAAUACUGUUAGACCGGGUGAAAACAGCUAUAAUGGAGCAAAUAAUACAAGCGCCUUGCACUUAACUCCGAAUACCAGCGCUGUUUCUUUUCUGAACACCAGCACACAUCCUUCAUUUGGGGAAAGCAGCAAUGUAAUACCAGUAAAGGAAGGUUUCCUGUCCACUAAGAGCCUCAGGAAACGUUCAAGCCUAAGUCCAGACCUUUCUCUGAUCAAAAGGGCUUUUAUGCCCCAGCAGCCAGUAGAGGGCGGUGCUGGUCUUGGAUAUAGGAUUAGAAACACCCUCGCUAACAUCCUCAGGCCAGGAGCUCCAACUAGACCUGAAAGUGCACCAGCUGCCAGAGAGGUAGAGAAGAAAAUGAUCUCUGUCCCAUUUGCUCAAGUCCACGCACCUUGCACUUCCUCUGUCAGAGCCAGUGGCUUCUACUCUGUUGCCAAAACACAGAGCUCAAUGCAGAGGAAAAACACUUCCACUGUUAUGGAAACCUGCACCUCAGUCAGUCACCCAUUAAUUCAGCAACAGCAGGGGCACACAAUGUCUAACGUGCAUGCCAUACCUAAUAACCCCGGCCUCCAAACACAUUCAGGUGUGAGUGAUGUUAGGAGUUCAGCCACAGGGAGCCUGGAGGGAGCUCAACAACAUACCUAUUCUAAGUCUAUGUCUGUUACCACACCCUUAGACUUUUUGAAUCAAGCUUCAUCGUCAAGCCAGCUCCCUAUGCAGACCGAUAUGGACUACUUUCCCUUUGAUGAUGAUGUGACUCAGGACAGCAUUGUGGAGGAGCUGGUGCAGAUGGAGGAGCAGAUGAAGCUUAACAACGUGCAGGAGUUUGGAAACUGUGUUGCACUGCAGGGCCAACAGGCUGUGAUGCCAGACAGCAUGAUGUCUACCAAUCAGACCAUGACCUCUUACUAUCAUGCUGCAAACUGCCGCAGCAACCCGAUCCAAACUCCAACACCUACUCCAACUCCAACUCCCACACCCACAUCGGAAAUGAUGGGAGGAAUCCAAAGCUUCACCAGAGAGAGCCCCUUCUCCCGCAUCGCCUCCACAACACCAGUGGACAGCGCACUGGGAAGCAGUCGACACACCCCAGCUGGUACUCCACACUCCAACUGCAGCAGCACUGUGCCUCCCAGUCCAGUGGAGUGCAGAAACCCAUUUGCAUUUACACCCAUCAACUCCAGCAUCACUGGUUUCCACGACGGCAGCACCAUCUCCAGCAGCCCAGUCAAGCCCAUGCAGAGACCGAUGGCAACCCACCCAGACAAGACCAGGCUGGAGUGGAUGAAUAACAGUUACAACAGCAGCAGCGGGAGCUUAAACAAGUCAAACAGUGGAAUGGGAAUCCUCCCCAGCUAUCAAAGCCUGAUCGGUGACCAUUUCCAAAAACCUCAUGCUUUCGCCGUCCCUCAUGCACGGCACCACGACAGCCAUUUUGGGCGUUUGACUCCCAUCUCGCCGGUGCAGCAGCAGGUAGCUAACACGGCCAAGCAGGAGGGCUUUGCUGUGCCGGCCCCUCUGGAUAACAAAGCCGCCAACACACCUGCCUCAACCUUUCGAUGUCGCAGUGUAAGUCCCGCUGUGCAUCAGAGGAACUUGAGUGGAAACACAGGAAACCUUCCCCAUAUCCCUCAUUCAGUAGUGUCUCCCUUUAACUCUCCUGUGACGCCAGAGAUGUUAAACAUCUUUGCGAACAGACAGACACAGUUUGGGGUGAGCAGCAUGGCGCAGAGGAGCCAUUCUGUGCCGCUCAACAUCCUGAUGCAAACUGAAGUCCAGCCCACACUGGGCCAACACUGCAACAGCAAAAACAUCACCAAUGUCCUUCUGAGCAAGCUGGAUGGAGACCAUGACGACACUGUUCGGGGGCUGGGCAUCAAUAACUUACCCUCCAGCUACACUGCACGCAUGAACCUCACCCAGAUCCUCGAGUCUGACCCCGAACUCUCCUGCAGUGACCACCACCUCAGCCUGAUGACCUCUGACUCCACCAGCAGAUGCAAGUUGCAGAGGCCAAAUUACCUCAUCGAAAAUGCUAUUAAUGAACAAAUGAUUCUCUCGGCAGGUGACAGCCGAGUACAAUCAGCUUCCAGAGAGCAGCAUCGACAACAGGCCCAGUCUAUGUUGUUAACGUUGUGCUCACAGCAGCAUCAAGAAGAACUACAGCAGCAGUUGGAUUUCAGCAGCACUGUGAAAGACCUACUGGCAGACAACAGCCUUACUGCUGGAAGUCAGCUCAUGGAGCAGGUGUCAGAGCUAACCACAGGCACAGCCGAUUUCCCUUGUGAAAUCAGAUUGACAUCGGAGCUCUCCAGUAGUAUCAAUGACCUUAACGCAUUGGACACAGACCUUCUGUUUGACCCCAACCAGCAGCAAGGGCAAUAUCAACAUGCUGCUGCAGAGGAUGAGUUGGUGAAUGAUGUGCUGUUUCAGCAAAUUACCAGCGACACAGCACAUUCAAGUGGACUUGACUGGCUGGAAAGCAAAGAUCAUCCAACUGUUGGGUUGAUGGGUUGAGAAUAGAGCUUUUUUUUUGUCAUGUUGAACACGUGAACCUGUUGUUCUUGUUUGUUUAUUUAUUUUCAGGUAUUUACACUUUAUAAUGCAACACUGGACACAUUGAGGUUUGUCCAGUUUAAGUGCCAGGCUGAACUGCAAUAAUGCUGCAGCACUCUGAUGAAAAUGCUGGUCAUUUCUUUGUAAUUAGAGGACAUCGCCUCACAUUGUUUGAUCAAGAGCAUUUACAACAAGUAAACAAAAGGUACUGAACAAAUAACAAUAUUUCACUGAAAAGUCAGAAAAAAACAUCAUAACAGAGCCAUGGAUUUCAUAGUGUAAAGAAAUGUAUACAUUAAGGAGGAAUUUAUGAAAAAAAUUAUAAUACAAAAAUAUUGAUUUAUCAUUGUGUCUAACUCUUUUAACUGAAGCAUUAUCUAACAAAAGCAUAAUGUGAAUAAUGAUUGCUGAACUAAUAAUACGUCAUAUUUGCAACAUUUGUGUGCGAUGCAUAUUCACUGAAAAAAACUGCAAGUAUAACAAGUUAUCUUUGCAGGAGCUUUAGGUGUUAGUCUUGUUUAUGUGCAUUUUUUUUUAGCUGAAAAAUAUUUUUAACGAGACAUGUUUGAAAGUAUACACUCGGUUCAUAGAAAUAUAAUUCUGUGACAGAAACAGAGAUUCAUCCAUAGAAAUCCCUUUAAUAUAUUCCUAUGAUCUGCUGGAGUUGGCAUGGAGCAUAUGAUAGGAUGCAGAACAAUUUAAAAUAUACAAUGAAUUGGCUGAUUCUAUAAACAUUUUAUGGAAUACAUGAAGAGUAAUACUUGAAGCCUACCAGAACCACAAAAGAAAGGGAUCCAUGUAAAAACUCAGUUCAUCUGGUCCACAUGUUCAAGCUUGGAGAUGUCGUUAAUUUUUAUGCGGCCUUCCUGACAGUCAUCCCAGACUUAAUAAUCAUCUCCCGAAUCAAACGUCUGCUCAAUAUGGAGCUCAGACAGCUUGAAGAUGAUGAUAUCAAUAAUAGAAUGUGGCCUCUUUUGCACUUUGUAUUGUUUUUCAAGCCACAUUUUGCAAAAGUUUAGAAAAAGAUAAAUUGUCUUGUACAAUCUGAACUUUAACGUUGCAGAAACUCUCAUGAAGCUCUUUUAUUAACAUGGAAAAAACAUUGUUUUUGUUCAUUGUUAAAUCCAUAUUAAGAAAACCAGCAGUGUAAGAUGAGGGCUCUUCUCUUAAUCACUUGUAGAUCAAAAUGUAAAGAAUUUAUGAAAGAAACCAUUUCAUAAUAAUUAAACUAAACCCCAUGAAUGUGGGGUUUCUGCACUUUUAGAUUAUGAUUCUUGUAUAAAAGAAGUUAGAGUAAGAGUUAUGGGACAUAAUAAUAGCCAUUUUUCUUAGCACUUAGAAAAUGCAUUAUUGUAUUGUGUGCAAAUAACUUAUUUGAUUCAGAGGUGGAGGUUUUCAUCUGAUAAAAAAUGUAUUAAAUAGAUUAAAUUGAGCAAUAAUUAACUCCUUAUCUCUAAACAACUUGAACAAUUUUGCUUCCAACUGUAGCACUCCUCAUACUGCACUGACAAUCUGUAAUACUUGUGUUUCUUAACAUGCACUGAGUUUUAUUUGAAUGAUAGAUGAACAUGUUUGACUGCAUGGCCUGAGGAGAUCAAUCAUAAAAUCACCGAUCAUAUAUGAAAGUGUUGAUUUGCACUGAUUUAGAGCUGCGUGUGAAGCAGUCAUGCAACCACAGAUGAGAUGAGACUCACAGGUGCUCCCUGAGUGUUCUGGUUUCUGAGCCUUAUGUCCAUACCAAAGACUAACUGUUACAUAUAACCUGCAAUAACAUGCACUAAGAUAUUGAGUGACAUACUGAGUUAUGUCUGGUAACAGCCAUAACGACUAUAUUCUGUAAUGUGAAGAAUAAAAUGAGAAAUAGUUGAAACAUUGGGGACAGUUGCAGCACUGGAAAACCUUUUCUUUAUAUAAUCAGUUCAUCGGGACAAUGUUAAGGAUUUUUUUGUUUACUAUUGUUGAUGCUUUUGUAAAACCAACUGGUAAAUAAUGUUUUAUAGAGGCAAAAAAGACACUGUAAUUCAUCCUGUUUCUCUGUGUUAGCAUUAGAGAGUGUGUUUUUAUUUUUUUGUCAGUCUCACUGUCGUUCAGGGUGUUUGUGUGUUUACUAUUUAUUCAGCGUGUGUUUGUACAGAAGAUGUACCCUUGCAAACCAUAUAAUCUUGGAAAUUCACAAUAAUCAUGAUGUUUGGUAGCAUACAUGUUUUGUGUCAUAGCAUAUAACCACAUAUCAUAUACGGUACUUUUGUUCAACAGGUGAUUGGUCCAAUGUGGUGAAUAAUACGAAAAUGUAACAAAACUCUCAAAAUUCAAAACCUUUCAGAACUGAAUUUUGGUUGAAAAUUGUCCAGGAAAAUAUUUGCUGAAAAAGUGUAAAUGAGACAAUCUAUAAUUAUAAGGUGUAAUAUUAAUGUCGUGGUAUAUUGCAAAUGCAGAACAUUGAAUCUCUUUCAGUGUGUUGAUAAAUAUUGUGCGUUGUUUUAUACAUUUUUAGAAAACCUUUAAUUUCUCUAAAAGCAGAUUAUGUAUGUAAUAUAUACUCUCAUUUUGAAUAUGAUUUAACGUUGAUCAAUUUAGACAAACGUUUCUUAUUUAUGUUUUAGUUUAUCUUUCCUGUGUCUGUGAAAACCAGCCACGCAUCGAUUUGGUUAACACUGGUUUGUGUUUAAAGAAGACUUUACCCUUCCUCUUGCUGAAAGUGGUUCAGAGCUGUAGAACUGCCCUCUACUGUUGUGUUGCUGUGAACAGUGAACUGGGGAUUUUUUUAAUAAGGGGAAGUGCUUGUUGAUACUGCUUUUUAAAGAGUUUUUCAAACAAUA